AAGUUUUUCUUCAUAUACAUAAUUAUAAUUUUUAAUAUAUAUGUCAACAUAAAUUAAACAGUAUUUUGUCAAAUUAUUAUUUUCGAUUUAAUAUAUAUUUUAGAAGAGAUUUUAUAUAUUUUUUAAAUAAUAUCCUUUUUAUAACAUUUUAUUUUAUAAACACUUAAAAUGCCUAAAACCAAUUAAACAUUUUAAGCAUUAGACAAUAAUGAUCAACACAUACUUAGUGACUAUCGUUUUCUUGAAAAUUGCUUCAUGUACAUUGAAUGGAAUUAUUAUAGUUGAUUAGUCUUCAUUCUUGACUUUUCACCCUUCAAAACAAAAGUUUUUUUCUCACUAUGAGUCAUUUGAUAAUUAAUUGAAGAAAAAGAAAGAAUCAAUAAUGCAUGUUGACAGAAAGACAUAUUAAAUAAAUAAAUAAAAAAGCUAAUGAUUCUUCUUAAAAGUCCAAAGUAAGAAACAGUCAACAAACGUUGGCUAUACAACAAGAAAUAAAUACAUCACAUUUUUCAGACAAAACUCCAAUUUCACAGUGAACUCAAAAACAAUGACAAGCUCCGAUAAAUCUCUGUCGCACGACGUUUUCGUCUACGGCAGUUUCCAAGAACCAUCCGUCGUCAAUCUGAUCCUCGAAUGUUCUCCGGUCAUGGUUCCCGCUCAACUCCACGGCUAUCACGUAUAUAGACUCAAAGGUCGCUUACAUGCAUGUAUCUCUCCUUCUGAGAAUGGACUAAUCAACGGCAAGAUACUAACUGGGUUAACAGAUUCUCAGUUAGAGAAUUUAGAUAUGAUUGAAGGAAGUGAAUAUGUGAGGAAGACUGUUGAAGUUGUUUUGACUGAUACUUCGGAGAAGAAGCAAGUUGAGACCUAUGUAUGGGCAAACAAGGAUGAUCCUAAUUUGUAUGGAGAAUGGGAUUUUGAGGAAUGGAGACGGCUUCACAUGGAUAAAUUCAUCGAGGCGUCGACGAAAUUCAUCGAGUGGAAGAAGAAUCCGGAUGGGAGAAGUAGGGAAGAGUUUGAGAAGUUUGUAUUCGAUGAUCCUCCCACUGCGGCUUGAAGAAGUUGUCAAGAUAUGUCUUCUUCUUUUAUAUCAAGAUUUGUAAAAGAUCACUCUCUUUUACUGCGAAUAAAAUGGUCUUAAUCUUCGAAGACAAUAAGAGGCUUUGUGAGUUGGGGAACAUAAAGAUGUUGUUGUAUCUAUAUUGUUUGUGAGCAUUGUGGUGUAUGUGAAUGUUGUUUCAUCAUUUUUAGUGUAUUUGAGUUAAAAGCAUUUCUGUGUUUGAUUAGGAUCGUCAUCACUAAGCUAAAUCUUGCAUGAAACCAGUUCGAAAAACGUUG